CGUUUCGCACGUAUGAUGUCAAACGCAAGCUUGCUGGACGACCGGAUAAAACUUGUGCGAUCCUGAAGGUCGGCCAGUGUGAGAACCUGUACUGCACUGCCAACGAUCAGACCUUGCUUCUCUCUUUGUUCAAGCUUCUAAAUCAUAUCGCGGCCGGAACUUCUUCCCCGUCCGCAAGUGGGCGCAAUGGCUGCUCGAAAGGAGAUCAUCUCCAAGGUGCAGAAGAUGGUGCCGCCAAUGCUGGAGAGCUUUCACAAAGGUCAGUUGGGACGAGUAGGCGUCAUCGGCGGCAGCGAAGACUACACGGGCGCACCGUACUUUUCUGCCAUGGCAUCGGCCAGGCUCGGCUGCGACAUGGUGAGCACGGCGCACAAAUACAACAGACACACGCACAUGUUCGCACGUCUAACGCGCUGCGACCGCGACAGAGCCACGUCAUCUGCACGCCGGACGCCGGCGCCGUCAUCAAAACCUACUCCCCGAACCUGAUGGUCCACCCUUACAUGCGCUCGUCGAAGCAGAUCUCGGCCAGCGACGGCUCCGCCGUCGACGCCGCCGCCCAGCAGGUCAUCGACAUGCUGUCGCGGCUUCACGUCGUCGUGAUCGGGCCCGGCCUGGGUCGCGACCCGGUGAUGCAGGAGAUCGUCGCGCGGACGAUCACCGAGGCCAGAAAACGCAACAUCCCCUUCGUGCUGGACGCGGACGGCCUGUUCCUGGUACAGACGCGGCCGGAGCUGAUACAGGGUUACAAGGAGUGCAUCCUCACGCCCAACGUGGUCGAGUUCGGCAGGCUGGCGAAGAGCAAGGGCAUAGACGUGCAGCGGGAGGACCCGGCGACGGUGUGCGCGACGCUGGCGAGGGCAUUUGGCGGUCCGACGAUUGUGCAAAAGGGCGCCAAGGACUACAUAUCCAACGGGUCGGACACGUUCGUCUCCGACGGCGAGGGCGGCCUCAAGCGCUCCGGCGGCCAGGGCGACACGCUGACGGGAGCAAUCGGCACGUUCCUGGCGUGGAGACGAGCGUAUCUCGACAAGAUAUGGGACCACGAAGGCGACCUGAAGGAGGACGAACUGCUGGCUCUGGCGGCGUACGCGGGCAGCGCCGUCACGCGUGAGUGCUCCAGGCUCGCCUUCAGGAGCAAAGGGCGCAGCUUGCAGGCAGGCGACCUUACGGACAACGUACAUGAAGCGUUCCUAAACGUCAUUGGAGAGAACACCAAGGGUGCGGACGGCUCGAGGCUGUGAGAGACUCUUGGUGAGCCGUCGAAGAUGAAAAUAUGCGAAGUGGAGGUACAAGGGCGAUAGAUUUGACUACAAAAAGGGACAGUAAUGAGAUGUAUUAGAAAUAAAAUAAAUCUCAUUUGUCUUUAUAUA